GUCGUGUCGACCAAUCAGAAGACAGCAGGACUUCCUCACUGAGCCAGCUGACAGGUGAAUGGGGAACAGAUCUUCGCCUGAACACCGUCAUCAGCAGCCACUGACAUGGAAACCAUGGCAACAGACAGGAGGGAUGAACCACAGAUGGACUUCAUGUACUGUAGUGGAGCCGCCACAGAGGUCCUGAAGUUUGGCUCCUGUCAGCUACACUCUGAACACAAGGUGCUCUUUCUCAUCAUUCCAGGCAACCCAGGUGUCGUGGGCUUCUACAGAACCUUCAUGCAAACACUUCAUGCUAUGUUUAGAUACCAGUACCCAGUGUGGGCUGUAAGCCACGCUGGCCACUGUGUUCCACCAACCUCCAUGGACAUGGUAGAUGAUGCCUCCUCAGCAGAAGAGGAUGAUGUGUUUGGUUUGAACGGUCAGAUUGAACACAAGCUGGCCUUCCUCAGGACACAUGUUCCCAAAGAAACCAGCCUCGUUUUAGUGGGACACUCCAUUGGUUGCUACAUUAUUCUGGAAAUGAUGAAGAGAAAUCCUGAGCUCAAGGUUCUGAAGGCUGUCAUGCUGUUUCCCACCAUCGAGCGCAUGGCUGAGACUCCUCAGGGGAAGGUCUUGACCCCUGUGUUGUGUCACAUGCGUUACCUGGCCUACCUGCCUCUGUUCCUGCUCUCUCUGCUGCCCGACAAUAUCAAAGCCGGUCUGAUCAAACUGGUGCUCGGUGGAAUCUCCACUCUGGACUCGUCGGUCAUCCAGCCGACUGUAGGUCUGCUCAGUGGAGACAGUGCAGCUAACGCUAUGUACAUGGGGGGUCAGGAGAUGAGGAAAGUUCUGGAAAGAGACAACAUAACUAUCAAGAAAAACCUGGACAAGCUGAUAUUUUACUACGGAGCUACAGACCACUGGUGCCCUGUUCAGUACUAUCAUGACAUCAAACUGGACUUCCCUCACGGAGACUUCAGACUGUGUGAGAAUGGCUUCCGCCAUGCCUUCGUCCUGGAUGCAGGACGAGACGUCGCCAAAAUGGUGGUUGAAUGGAUCAGAGGAGAUCUGACUAGAUGAGCUCAUUCUUCUGUUUGCAUUUCUUCCACUACCUGAACACUGAUGACCACAACCUGUGAUGACCAAAACCUACCAGCAGAGAUAUUUUAACUGGACCGAAAAGAAAUGUGUUGGAAAGAUAUUAAAUAUUAAUUUAUAUACUCUACCUUUCAAAAGUCUGGAGUCACUUAGAAAUGACCUUAUUUUUAAAAGAAAACCAUUUUUUUUCAGUGAAGAUUACAUUAAUCAGAAAUCCAGUGUAGACGUUGUUGAUGUGGUAAAUGACUAUUCUAGCUGGAAACGGCUGACUUGAAUAGAAGUGUGAGUUUUCAUGGAAAACAUGGAAUUGUCUGGAUGACCCCAGACUUUUGAUGGGUAGUGUAGAUGUGUAUAAGGCAGUGGCGCUCAUGUAGAACUGUUUUGCUACAGAAAUGAUAUCAAACUCUGUCAGACCAACACAUCAGCUUUAUCAAAUCCCUUAUCAAGGUGUUUAUUCAGCAUCAGAGCCAAAAGAUGAAGCAGAAAACUCCAAACGCAUUACUGCAGCCCUGGUCAUGGUGGGACAUGGAAACUAUCUUCCUCAGGUGUACAAUAAGAUGAACCUCUGACUUCAUUCACCCUCAUGUUCUAUAUGACUUGAACAGCAUGUGUAAUGUGGGAAUUCAUCUUUUAUGCCUGACACUUUUGAUCACAAGUGUUUUCCAUUGGUGGCACCAGAGCUGCCACAGGUUGUAUAGUCAUGUGGAAAAGUCAUCACAUCCCACAGAAAUCUCAGGGUUUUUUGACAAAUUUGUACAAGAAAAUGCUUGAAUUCAGUUUUACCUCCAACUUUAACUUUCAGACAGAUGGUCCCACAUUAUAUUUAAGAACAUUAUUUUAAUAUGCAGAACUUAUAGUUAAAUCAAAUGACUGCAAGCUUCUCAGUCCCUGACAGCCCAAACCAAAACAUUUCCACCACUUUGCUUCACCGCUGGUAUAGUCUUUGUUCUGCACCUGAUAUAUUUACUGUUACUGAGGCCAAACAUCUGUAUAUUUGAUUAAUGUGUCCAGAGGUUGUUUUUCCAAAAGGUCUGCUCUUUGUCUGUCCACUGGCAGAAUGCUCUACUGUUCUUUAUGAAUAGCAAAGGCUUUUUCUUGACAUACCAGCUAUCCACAUCGAAUUUAUGAAAUCUCUUAGUGAUUCUAGAAGCAGAACGGUGACACCGGCAGCUACCUGUAGAUCAUGUGAUGAAGUGUUGUGGUUCUUGGGGACUUGUUUUUCCAUCAGACUCUCUGCUCUUUGGCUGACUCUGCUACAGCAACCAGUCCCAGACAAAUCAGCAGUCACUGAACUUUACACUGCUUGGAGAUGAGUUUCGUCUUAGUAGAAUGAUGUAUUUCUAGGGAUGCAGAGAUCUUGUUAAAUCUCUUGCCAGGCUGAAGGACAUUCCUGGACUUUGUUCUAAAGGUGUCGGAGCUCAUGAUGAUACCACACAUUCCACUAGCAGGGAGAACAGCAGCCUUCAUGUCAGAUCCCAUUGGCUCUUCUUAAGUAGGUUCUUCUCAUUGGUGCCUGUCCUGAAACCAAAUCUGGACAUUUCCAUGGGAUGUGCUUUCUUUCCCACAGAAUGAUACAUAUAGUCACAGCACAGCUGGAGAGAGUAACUUCAUAAAGUACAUAGACCACUGAGAACCAGGAAGUGAAGCUCAUUUGUUUCAUAAAGACGACAGUGAAGCAGUUUUAAACCAUUUUCAUUCCAUUUUUUUUUUAAAGUUAUUUUUUUGGCCUUUUAUCGGCUUUAUUGGAUAGGUGCAGUGAGAGAGAGGGACAGGAAAUGGGAGAAGAGUCAGGGGAAGACAUGCAGCAAAGGGCCGCGAGCGGGAAUCGAACCCGGGCCAGCUGCGUCGGGGACUAGCCCCUGUACAUGGGUCACCCGCUCAACGCGUUGAGCUAUACGAGUGCCCAACCAGUAUUAGUCUUAUAUUUUAAUAACCACAGCUCAUGUGGUGCUGUCAAGCAUUAGAUCAUCAAAUGAAAGUAAUGUCCAUGCUAGCACUUGACUUUGUGCUAAAAAUCCCACAAUGCGUUGCUCCACCAUGUUGCACAACAGCCAAUGGUGAAGGAACAAACCUUUGAUGAUGAUCUGCUGAUUGGUGAUGACUGAACGUGGUGCUAAUUUGUCUUAAUAUUUCGGCAGACUUUAACUGAAAGGGUCUGAUGUCAUGUCUUUUUCCAGAUGAAGGACAGAAGAUAGAUAAUAAUACAUAGUAGAUAACAGUGUUUUCAUGUAGAACCUUGUUGGUUUUGAAUGUCUUCAAACACGGAAAGUGUUCUGACACAAUUUAAUCCCAAAUGUGCAGAUUUUUGAUAUGAAGACGUGACCAGUUCCAAUUCACUGUUCCAAACAGGUGACUAUUGAGUGAACAACUCUUUCAACUCCCUUUAAUAAAAGCACAAAAGGUUCUUACCAUUCUUAAACAAGUUUACUGAGGGGAGUGCAGGGGGAAGCUACACAUGAUCCAGUCGUCCCAACCCAGAUCUUUAAAGUUCAAAUGAAGAGGUUUGCAGCUGCAGUGGGCUGUUUUUCCCUCCACUCCCUCCACCUGCUGCUUCUCUCCCAACAAAUGGCUGCUUGGACAAAUCCUUUGCCUCUGUUUCUUUUGUUUGUGUUUUGGAACACAAAGAGAGGAUUCUGAAACACAAAUCCACCUCCACCAUCCUGUCUCUUCUCCAUUAUCUCUCUGAACACAUUGUCAGAGGUGUCAACAUGUGAGAAAGCCAUGAGCAAAGAUUCUCCUGUGGUAGCUGAGCAUGGUGACCCAGCCCCAGGAGCAACAGGUCCACCCCCUCGUUGUUCAAUUCAGAACAGACCAUGCGGUGCAAGCAGGCCUUUAAUGGAUCUAUGGGAUUCUUCAGACGGGCCUUGAUGCCUGAUGACACCUCAAAUAUGUCAUUGUCUUUCUGAAUGAAUGAAAGGUUUUUUCCAGUAUUUUUUUUUUAAAUAAAUUAUACUGCCAGA